AUGAUGGAUUUUGUUCACGUUGAAAGUAAACGAUUAAAUUUGGCAAAAAGUGUUCGACGUCGUUUUUCUCGUCAUCAACAUGGAUGGCGACCAAAAGAAAAUGUUCGUCAUAUGAUUAUUUUACUUAAAAUAAUCUAUUCUAUUAUCUUUAUUUGUUUAACAAUUUCUACAUGUCUUAAUCAAUCUGUUGAUGAAGAAAACAACAGUUUAAAAUCAAUUUUUAUUUGUUUAUGGGACAUAUGGUAUUCAUUUUUGGCUCUUAUUUUACUUUUAUCACUACUUAUUGAUCAUUUAAAACGACAAAAUAUUAUUUCAUUAAAAUGGAUAAAUGUUAUACAUAUGUUAUUAGUUAUUACUUUUAUUAUUUUUGUUAUUUUAGGUCAUAUUCAUGGUUUUUAUCGUCUAUGGUGGUUAUCAUCACCAUCAUCAAAUCAAUUGACACGUUCAACAUUUCUUUCAAUUGUUUUUAUUGAUACAUGUCCUAUAUCGAUUGCUGUUAUUAUGAUUAUUAAUUUAUUAAAAAAACGUCAAUCAUGGCGUCAUAUUCAUGCUAAUACUAUUAUUUCGAGUGUUUAG